UAGAGGAGGGGGAAAGGCAGAACUGAACCAAAACAUGUGAACCUCACCAGUCACUGCGGGCUCCCAGAGUUGUGUGGUGCUCCUGGAUUGCUCUUUUUCAUCUAAUUUUUAAAACUAACUCGCUAAUAUGUCCGAUGAAGAGGAAGUUUACUCUGAAGAAGAGGAAGAGGAAGAAGAAGAGGAAGUCGUAGAAACAAAGACCACAACUACCACCACCAAAGUCGAGGCGGAAAAAGAAGGGGAUCCAGAAUUCAUCAAACGCCAAGACCAGAAGAGAUCAGACUUGGACGAACAGCUCCGUGAGUACAUUACAGAAUGGAGGAAACAACGUGCCAAGGAGGAAGAAGACCUCAAAAAGCUGAAGGAGAAACAAGCAAAACGCAAGAUUAGUCGGGCUGAAGAGGAGAGAAAAAUGGCCGAACGUAAGAAGCAAGAAGAAGAGCGCCGUAUCAGGGAAAUAGAGGAGAAGAAACAAAGGGAUAUCGAGGAGAAGAGAAGGCGUUUGGAGGAUGCUGAGAAAAAGCGUCAAGCUAUGAUGCAAGCUCUGAAGGACCAGAACAAAAACAAAGGACCCAACUUUACCAUCACCAAAAGAGACCCUACUUCCAAUCUUUCUGCCGCUCAAAUUGAAAGAAACAAGACCAGAGAACAGUUGGAAGAAGAAAAGAAAAUUUCACUUUCCAUCCGUAUCAAACCUUUGGUAUUAGAUAACUUGAGCGUAGAGAAACUCCGUGACAAAGCCCAAGAGUUGUGGGAGUGCAUUGUUAAACUUGAAACCGAGAAGUACGACUUGGAAGAAAGGCAAAAACGCCAAGACUACGAUCUUAAAGAACUGAAGGAAAGACAGAAGCAACAACUCAGACAUAAGGCUUUGAAAAAAGGUUUGGACCCUGAGGCCCUAACUGGAAAGUACCCACCCAAAAUUCAAGUAGCCUCCAAAUAUGAACGACGCGUGGAUACCCGGUCAUACGACGACAAGAAGAAGCUGUUCGAAGGGGGCUUUGAUCAUUUGUAUAUGGAUCACGUGGAAAAAAUUUGGCAAACAAAAGUCGAAGAAUUUAUGAGCCGGAACAGGACACGGUUACCUAAAUGGUUUGGUGAAAGGCCUGGCAAAAAACCAGGAGACCCCGAAACUCCAGAAGGUGAGGAGGAAGGUAAACAAGCUGCAGACGAUGAUGAAGACCUCAAGGAGCCUAUUAUAGAGCCUGAACCAGAAGAGGAGGAGGAAGAAGAAGAAGAAGAAGUUGAGGUAGAUGAGGAAGAAGAAGAGGAAGAGGAGGAGGAAGAAGAAUAAAUUCUUGAUAAGUUGCUUUUUCUCUUCUGACAAAAUAAAUCUUCAUCAUCAAUCCAUGAAAACGCUAGCAGUUUCAGGAUUAUGUUUCAUAACAUGAGUUUUAUUUCCAAUAUUUUAAGCACCAUCUGUUUUAAUUAAUUUGUAAUUAUUAUGGAAAAACUGUAUUUGUAAUCAUAUAUUAUCAUUACAAAAUAUUGUUCAAUCA